AUGCUGCUCCCUGUGGCCUUGAAGUCCCACCUGGCCAAGCACAGCAUCCUCAAACACAUGGAGCCCAAGUCAGAGGAAGAGAUCAUUGCUGAGGACUAUGAUGAUGACCCUGUGGACUACGAGGGCACUAGGAUUAAGAGCAUGCUGCCCAACUGGUACAAAGCAUUUGUCCCAGUCUGUGCUCUUCCUUACUAUUGGAAUGUGGAGACAGACCUUGUGUCCUGGCUGAAUCCCCAUGAUCCUAGCUCUGUCAUCACCAAAGCAACCAAGAAACUCAGGAGCAACGGCAAGAACACCAGCCAGAAAGAUCAAGAAUUGGAUCCUAUGGACCUUAGUGCCUAUUCUGAUGCCCCUCGAGGUACAUGGUCUACAGGUCGCAAGAAGAAUGAGGCAAAGGCAGGGGCUGAUACAACAGCAGCUGGGCUCCUUUUUCAGCAACGGCCAUACCCCUCCCCAGGGUCAGUGCUUCGACCCAAUGCUGAGGCCCUAGGGGCCAAACAGCAAGACUAA